AAAAUCCAUUUGGAGGGCGGGACCUGCGGAACCGGGAGGAGCUGUUUUGGGGUGUUGUGAAUUCGUGUAGCCAAGAGAAAUCUUGAGUGGGAGUUGUCGGACUGUGUUGUUGUGCAUUUUGUCCGUCGAUUCACACCGAUUACCAACGCGCCUGCCGCAGCCAUGCCCGGGAUAGAGAAGCUGCCGAUAGAGGAGACGCUGGAGGACAGUCCGCAGACACGCUCUCUGCUGGGAGUGUUUGAGGAGGACACUGCAGCCAUCUCCAACUACUGCACACAGCUCUAUCAGGCCAUGCAGAGGAUUUAUGAUGCACAGAAUGAGCUGAGUGCUGCAACACACCUGACCUCCAGACUGCUGAAAGAGUACGACAAACAGCGUUUUCCUCUAGGGGGCGAUGAUGAGGUGAUGAGCUCCACCCUGCAGCAGUUUGCAAAAGUCAUUGAUGAGUUGAGUUCCUGUCAUGCUGUCUUGUCCACCCAGCUUGCAGAUGCCAUGAUGUUUCCUAUCACUCAGUUUAAAGAGAGAGACCUGAAGGAGAUCCUCACUCUGAAAGAAGUCUUCCAAAUAGCCAGUGAUGAUCAUGACACAGCCAUUAACAGAUACAGCCGCCUCUCCAAGAAGAGGGACAACGACAAGUUGCGGGUGGAGGCUGUGGAGGAUGUCUACACCUCCCGCAAGAAACAGCACCAGACCAUGAUGCACUACUUCUGCUCGCUGAACACACUUCAGUACAAGAAGAAGACGGCUCUGCUGGAGCCGCUGCUGGGCUACAUGCAGGCCCAGAUCAGUUUCUUUAAGCUGGGUUCAGAAAAUCUCACCCAGCAGUGGGAGGACUUCCUGGGAACCAUUGGAACCAGUGUCCAGAAUGUGCGUCGCGAGAUGGAGGAGGAGGUUGGGCAGAUGCAGCAGUCCAUCCAGGAGAUGGAGAGAUCAUGUGACCUGCUGUACGCACCGUGUGACCCUGACCCCGCCCACUCACCUGUCUGUCGCAACCUGACCAGGAAACAGGGCUACCUGUACAUCCGCAAUAAGACGGGGCUGGUGUCGUCGUCCUGGGAGCGUCAGUACUUCUUCACGCAGGGCGGUAAUCUGAUGCAGCAGGGCCGAGGCGAGGUGGCGGGCGGGCUGGUCACAGACCUCGACAACUGUUCCGUCAUGGCGGUCGACUCUGACGACCGCCGCUUCUGCUUUCAGGUCACUUCCUUUGAUGGAAAGAAAGUGGUGACGCUGCAGUCGGAGAGCAGGAAGGACUGCGAGGAGUGGAUCUCCACCAUCAACAACAUUUCCAAAAGGAUCUACCUGAGUGAGAACGCAGAGGAGCUGGCAGCCAGAGUGAACCAAUCAGCUAUUGAGGCCGUGACACCGUCGCCGUCCUUCCAGCAGAGACAUGAGAGCAUGAGACCCAGCAGUAAAGGGCGUGUGGGCCGAGCGAGCAGUAUUAGCUCUGUGGGUUCAGAGCCAUCGCCUGCCCUUUCCGUGCUCUCAUUGGAUGCGCUGGUUGCCCCGGAAACACCCAUCCAGUUUGACAUAAUUUCCCCCGUCACCGAGGAGAACUCAGGACAGAGCAAGACGGCAGCACAGUCCGGCAGAAGAAGUAAUCCAUUUGGAGAGUCAGGAGACAGCACAUCAGAAGACAGCGAAGACUCCAUCCUCCAUCAGCUCUUCAUCGUUCGCUUCCUGGGCUCCAUGGAGGUGAGGACUGCUGAGUCAGCAGAGGUCAUCUCUGAGACCAUGAGGCAGAUCCUGGCAGCCAGAGCCAUCCACAACAUCUUCAGGAUGACCGAAUCACACCUGCUGGUCACCUGUGACUGCCUCAAGCUCAUUGAUCCUCAGACACAAGUCACUCGUCUCAGGUUCCCUCUCUCCAGUGUGGUUCAGUGUUUGUCCCAUCAGGACAACAAGAGGCUGUUUGGUUUCGUUCUGCAGACAGCAGGCGGGCAGGGUGACAACCGAGCCGUCUGCUACAUCUUCGAGUCCAACAACGAUGGAGAGAAGAUCUGUGACAGCAUCGGUCUGGCCAAGCAGAUAGCCUUCCACUCUGAGAUGGACCGUAAGGCAGUGGAGAAGAGGAAGGAGCAGGACAAGGCCAAAGAGAAACAGCAGGAAGAACUCAGCAAACAGAGACAGAUAGAGAAGGAUCUGGAGGAGCAGAGCCGUUUGAUCGCCGCCUCGAGUCGCCCCGCUAACCCGCCUGCCUCUGACGGACAAUUCUUAGUGCUCAGCAACAGCCAGUCAGAGGACAGCGAUGCCGGGGAGGAGGGGAAGAAGAAGGGCGAGUCUGAAGCCUAACAAAGCUGACGGAGGUUGCAUGUUUUACCACCCAGGCAAGUCCCAGUCUGGUACUGUCAAUGCAACAGCUCAGGAAUCAGAGGAGGGGAACAACACCCGCCCGCCUGGGAUGCCUGGGACUGAAAAACAUGUGCUCCCUCUCUGCUGAACUCUGUUUGAAGUUUGUGGUGGAGCCUGUCACUCUGAAAACGGAGGAUAAACUAAACACACCCUCGCUAUAAGAGAAGGUGGCGUGGAAACACCUCGUCGCGGACUUGUGUUUUAUUCUGUGUGUAAAAACGCUGCUUUUUAUACCGGCUCCACAAAUAUAGAUUAACCUGUACGUUUCUGUUUUUUUAUGUUUAUUUUAUUAGAAAAAGAGCUAACAGCAAGGACAGAGGAUUUAAAGCAAAACAACAUGUGCGGAAUAAUAAACCAGGAUCUGAAGGAGAUGCGGGAGAAAACACGGACGUCAGAUUUGGACGGUGUCAGUGUCGGCUGUUAAAACGUCCUGCAGGAUAUUUUUUUUAUUCUUUCCUUACUUCCAGGCAGUCGCUGCUUUUCAUUCAUAUGUCAUUUAUUUUACAGCAGAAUGAAAAUCAACUUGCAAAGUCGUGAAACUUGCUGAGUCAUCAUCACAGUAGAGCUUCAGCGAUUAGUCCAUGAAUCGAUUAGUCGAUCAACAGAAAAAUUAACACUUGAUUAAUCAUUAUAAGUCAUUUUUCAAGCAAAGAAUGUCAAAGAUUUAAUGUUUCCAGUUUCUCAAAUGUGAGAAUUUGUGGUUGGUAUUUUUUGUUUUCGGAUGUUGUAUAGACCGAUCGAUCAAUCAAAAAAAUUAUCAGCAGAUUAAUCGAUAAUAAAAAUAAUUGUUAGUUGCAGCCCUACAUCACAGUCAUUAUGACUACUUUCAAAGCAGCCGUAAGUCCAGACCGAUGGGAAAAGUCUUGCGUUGCUACAUCACAACAACAGCCACAUCCCUGUUUAUGGUGGAUUAUCAAACUCAAGCAAGUCCCAAGUCCCAGCGAGCUGAUUUUCAUAGUUUACUAAGAUGAACUGAAGCCAGCGGCUGCUUGGAAGGUGAAGAGAAACAUAUUCAGAGGUCUACAACAUCAGCUGGUCAACUUGGAUUUGGUGAUUUGCAGGUCAAACGAUAUUCUAGACGUCUUGAGUUAAAAUUGGGCUGAAUUUGGUUGAAAAGACGCUCCAUGUCACUCGCUUUGUUGACCCGUCCAUCCACCCCGACCUCAUCCCUAUCCUCGUGUUUUUCCUGCGCUAUAACAACGUCUCACCACUUCAAGCUCCUGACAGAUGAGUAAUAACAUGUAGUUUCAACAUGUAGUUAUGAUCUGCUUCACAGUGAAAUAUAGUCAUUAAAAUGCUGUUGAAACUAAAGUUACGUAACUUUAGUUUUUACCACACGUUAGACUUAUUGAACUGUAAAUCAUUAAGUCAGUGCUCCCUGAGUAUUUUAUGUAAAAACGUUAUUGAAGACUAAACUAUCUGCUAUUUUAAAAUAUUGACUACUAAAAUCAUAGUAGUUAUGAAUGAAACACUCUGAAACUCGUCAGGUCAGCCAGGGUCAAAUUCUGCUUCUCUGGGGUCAAAGGUCAAUUCUACUUUAUCCACGGUGAAAAUAUUUUGGCCCCGACCUCCUCCUGAUCUAUAAGAAAAACCUUCAACGACUUCCAAUGCCAAUAUUAACUUUCUGUGUUUGUCGAGGUAAUUGUAAUACAACAUAAAAUAUCAUUAGCAAUGCUUUGUCCAGCAUCCCAGCAUUUCAUGCCUUUUGCUUGCAAUGCGCAUUAGCAUGUUAUCAGGAGCGGACCAACAUGGCUGCCACAGGAGACCCCCGAAGGUGUGAAACUACAGAAAAGAAAAUCUUAAACCCUUUUUCAUUUAAAGAUUUUUUUUUUAUUCCAAAAUCUGCAACUUCUGCCUCAUACAAAAUUAAUAUUUGAAUGGAAGUAGUGCUCAUUAAUGAGAAUCAUAUACCGUUCACCUCUGACCAACGGUUCAGAUUUGGAUUGUGAAACAACACGAGCACAAAUCUGAUCAAACGAUCUUCUCACUUUUGCAGUAUUUGUUGAGUUCUCCAUUUUGAAAACUCAAAGAAAAAAUGUGGGGCUCAACUUUUGUCUUGGUACAUUUUAUUCAUUCAGUAAACUUUGAAGAAAUGUAACAUCUUGAUGUAUGUAAGGACUACGGUUGUCUUUUUGCCGUGGUAUCGAAAGAGGUAUCGAGUAUCGUUUUUUUUAAUACUAGUACUGUAUCGAAAUUUUAAAUUCUGGUAUCGCGAAAACCUUAGUAAGGACCUUGCUUCAUAAAAACGGACAGUCCGACAUCUCUGCCAAAUAAUCAGCUGAGUGUUUCUCCUGACAUCGCAAUAUUGAUCUGUGCUUUCACAGGUGUUUAUCUGGAUCAUUGUUUGGGGCCUUUUAUGUUCUUCACUGGUUUUAUUCAUUAAUCUGCCUUUAUCCAGAGUGAUUCACAGUGAUUAUCUGUAGAAAAACAACUGAAUACGCUUCAGUUCCAACAUCAUAGACAUUACAUGUAGGAAUGUUAAAGGUCAGAGGUCACAGCCUUCUGACAACAGACAAACCUCUUCAGUCUGCUGUGGGGAAGUUAACACGGUGAAGACGUUUCUAAAAGCCUAAAUCAACAGUUACUGAUGAUGACGAUGAUGAUGAUGAUGAUGAUGAUGAUGAUGUUAUUUUUCUGUUUUUUGGGGAGGAUGUUUUCUUGCUGUAACCAGGUGAAGGACUCGUGUUUGAUGGAGCUGCACUUUACUGACGCAGGAAAACACAACACGAUCAAUGAUGUUGAACUGUAAAUAUGUUUCAGUUGUUCAAUUGUUUCAGUGUCAUGAAUAAUAAAAAGGCUUUUCAGUGAUAAAUAAAGCACUAACUCCA